AUGAGGGUCUCUGUGGCGUUAGGGGUCUGGACGCUCCUUGCUGCCUCGAUUUGGCCUUGUGCCGAGAGCAUGUAUGUGAAAGUAAGUUGUUCUAUGGACUGGGUGAUGAUCUCGGUUAGCCCGUGUGGGUACAGCAGCAAUCUGUAUAUAUUUGCUGAUGAAUUAUAUCUGGGAUCGGGUUGCCCUGUGACUCGGAUACAAACAUAUGCCUAUGAUUUUAUAUACCCUGUACAUGACUGUGGGAUCAGGAUAAAGGUUGUUUCAGAGGAUACUCUCCUUUUUCAAACAGAGAUGUACUUUAACCCUAGGAAUGUACAUUGUGACCGUCAGAAGAUCCCUUUGGAGUGUUCUGCCUCUAGGAAAUCAGUGUGGCUUACACCAGUUUCUACAGAAAAUGAAAUAAAAUUGGACCCCAGUCCCUUUAUUGCUGACUUUGAGACAACACCGGAAGAACUAGGCUUGCUAAGUUUAAGUCAGAUGGGUUUCCUCCUCAAGGAGGAAUAG